AUGUCUGUUAGAGCUGCUACUAAAUUUUUUAAAGUACCCCGAGCAACUUUGCAGAGCAGGAUAAAUGGAAAAGUUGAGAUUGGUGCAAAAGCAGGAAGAAAAAGUUUAAUGCCGCUUGAUCUUGAAAAAAAGUUACUCGAUUUUGCAGACAACAGAGCUAGGAUGGACAUUGGUUUUGGAAAAGAAAAAUUCUUGGUAUAUGCUGGCAAGCUUGCCAAAAAAUAUGGGUAUUCUUUUAAGAAUGGAAAACCAUCUAAUAAAUGGUGGCGACUACUUAACAAUCGACAUAACAAAAAAGUAACUCUUCAACAACCAGAAUCAACAGCAUCAGUUCGUCAUCAAUGCAUGCAUCUGAUAAAGGUGGCAAAUUAUUUUACUGCACUUAAAGAAGUCAUUAAAGACUGUCAGCCUGAAGUAAUAUGGAACAUGGAUGAGACAGGACUGCAGCUAGACUUUAAGGCGCACAAAAUAGUUGCUGCAAAAGGUACAAAAUAUUUACAUAUGAGAACAAGUGGAAAUCAGGAAAUGAUUACUUUAAUUGUUUGUGUGAAUGCAGCAGGAAGAGCCUUACCACCUCAUGUGAUUCCAAAAGGAGAGAGUAAAAUCCCUUCAAAGUUUUCAAGUUCUAGAUGCCCCUGA